AUGGCGAAUCCCAAACCAUCAUCACAUUCAAAACUUGAAAUCACCAGACUCGAAGCCGCAGAUAUCGACGCCGCGAUCGAGACAAUUCAACUCGCUUUCGCCGGUGACCCGUUCGCUGAUUGGAUAUACGACCGCUCUAAAUUCUCGUCGAAACGAAAUCAUGCCUCACUUACAAUUCGUAUGAAGUGGGGUAUGCGAAAUGGUCACAUCUAUGUCGCGCAUACUCCGGAACGUAAAUGUGCUGGUGUAGCAAUGUGGGUUGGUCCGAAACCGCUGGAGGAGGGACCUACUUGGGAUGACUGGUGGCAGGAUUGGAUGUUGUGGUUCAGACAAUUGGGUAUGAAUACGAAGUUUGGGAGGGGUGGAUUGAAAGUUAAGCGCUACUACCUCUGGAAAGAAUCGCAAUCGAAACUACAAUCCUCAGUCUGGACAAACCCCGAAGGGUACUGGUUCUGUAAUAUCCUCGCAAUCCACCCUGAUUGCCAAGGAAAAGGCAUCGGAAAGAAACUCAUGAACGAGGUUUUCGAUAUCGCAGAUUCAGAAGGCAUCCCCUGUUACCUCGAAAGCUCGAAGUUUGAGCCCAAUGUCAAGAUUUACGAGAAGAUGAAGUUUAGGUUUGUGAAGGAGGUUAAGUGUGAUGAUGGGGAUGGUGCUUGUACUCUGUUUAGCAUGAUCAGAGACGCUCCGAUUAAGGGUGGAGAGGAAGAGAGUUCUAGUGAAUCGAGUGAAGAGUCUGGAAGGGAUGUCGACGCUAUUGUUGAUGCCGUUACUCCUUAA